CCCGUAGCUAGACCUGUAACUUAAAGUUUGUGAUGGAUGGUCGUGCCGCGCUGCUUGCCGUAGUAAAAGUGCGGGCGGCACAGUCGUCUGCCUCCUUUUAGAAGCCAAUGCCCGGAUUAGUCGUAUCGCAGAAGGUUUUGUCUCUUUACGUUUUCUUGAUGCUAGAAAUAAUGAGAGCCUACCUAUAUUUGAAGAAGGGUUCCAAGAAGAAUCAUGUGCUACGCCGACUAGAUGUUAAUACGCUAAGGGGCGUUGGUAUGAGGACUCAGUCUCAUCUACUCACCUCGCGAACGAGAUGUAUGUCUUGUGACACUUUCUAGAUGACAAGAAACUGUCGAUAGUAUCGUUUGACCCAGACAACCCUUCUAUCGAUC